AUGGCAGAAUUCGGUGCUUUGAAACCAGCACCCAGUGUCCUCAUGAGUGAAGAGUGCAAGAAGAAAAGAGAGCUCGAGGUCACCGACGCCGAAGACGACCAGCUGAAGAAGCGACGAACAAGUAAACAGGUCCACUGGGAUUUGGCUCCGAUGCCUCCUUCAGCUGCUUAUUCUGCUCCCUCCGCCUCUGGCGGCCGGGACUUGCCCAAUCCUUCGGGUCUGCCUCGGUUCUUGGAAAUCGAAAUCCCAGAUGCGAGCUACGGCAAACCUCCCUGCAAACGACAAGGCUCGCCACGUCCGUGGACCACAGACUUCGCAUACAGGCAGCCGAGAUGCCACCAUUCGGGCAGUCGUUGCAAUUGUCAGUUUGCUACCGCCACAAUGGUUCCCGCCCUGGAAGUCUCCAUGCCAUGGUUAUCGUCGUCGAGCCUUUUGCAUCCAACUGAGCCAAUGUCUCCAUUCGAGGACAUAUCUCCGACCUUUGCCUCUGACCGUAGCGGAUGGUCGAUUGGUGUUCAACAGCUCCCAACCCCCGGGCAAGGUACAGAGAAUCCUCACGACAUGACUGCCAGCGCAGACGAACCGAUGGAACCCAAGGGUACCUAUUAUCUCGCUGUGGAUGAACUUCAAAGCCAGCCUGUGCCCGAUGCCGGCCACUCCUUUGCUGAGCAGGCACCUGGAACAGCGGAGGUGACGCCCGUCAGCCAUCUGGCUCACCCAGGUUCGGGAUCCAUCAGUCCUGCGUGCUGUUCCUACGCGGGAGACAAAAACAAGAAAGUCCCACAGGACGCCCCGGUCGCUCAAGUUGCGGAUGGCAUGGUCGUACCUAUGGCUGUCGACGUGUCCUUCGGCGGCGCGGCCCAUCCAGGUAAACCAUACAGCUGCACCUCGGCGUACAACCACAGCUAUGUUCUCUCUUCACCUGCCCAUCCUGUUGGGUCCAACACGCCUCUCACUCCGCCAGAGUCGGCAGGCGAUCCGUGCCCAUCGCCCGUCAUACGUGACCCCAUGGGUUGCCCUAUUCCGGCCUUCCAACAUCCCAUCGAACGAGGCCCGAUUCAUGGCCAAUUUCCGACCACCCGUCCAGAGGAUUAUGUUUCCGCGACGCUGCGCCCAGUGUACCCAGCCCGUUCUGCCUUGGCUGCUGCAGCCGACCCGUCCUGCAACUCCCCAUACCAGCAACGACCGAUACGUCUCUGUCCUCGUCACCUUUCGUCAUUCGUAACGCAUCAGCAUACCUUCGUUCCACCGUAUAGCACACGCUGGGCUCCAUCGCACCCUGAUGAAUACUGA